CGGGCUGGGAGUUCAGGAAAGUGGGUUCGAGUGCUGGCUCCGCUCUUAACUCGCUUCGCGCUGUCCACACCCCUCACUUGGGCUCGGGUUUCUAUUAGGAAAUGGACACCGUUCUCCGUGCCCUUCCUUUUACAGGUAGUGGUUAUAUGGGCACGAAAGCUUUUCGGAAGGUGCAGCCAGCGGUCGGAGCCCCUCGGUCUAAUUUCCACCCAAGGUGAAAAAAAUGGAGCCCUACAAAUGUUAAGUGAUUUGCUCAAGGUGCCUUAGUAAGAAUUGGAGCCCAGGUCAUCACCCUGCCAGUAGGUCUAAAGGAGUGCUUCAUCAGAAUGGCUGCAGGAUGGUUUUACGUGUCCUGCCUGGCAUUGGGGUGCCUGGGCUCACUGUGCAUCCUCUUCACCAUCUAUUGGAUGCAGUACUGGCGUGGUGGUUUUGCCUGGGACAGCAGCAUCUUCAUGUUCAACUGGCACCCGGUGCUCAUGAUUGCUGGCAUGGUGGUGUUCUAUGGAGCUGCCUCGCUGGUGUACCGCCUGCCCCAGGCCUGGGUGGGGCCCAAGCUGCCCUGGAAACUCCUCCACGCAGCCCUGCACCUGAUGGCCUUCACCCUGACCGUGCUGGGGCUGGUUGCCGUCUUUAAAUUCCACAACCAUGAAAAUAUUAGUAACCUGUACUCCCUGCACAGCUGGUUGGGGAUCACCACCGUCUUCCUUUUCGCCUGCCAGUGGUUCCUGGGAUUCGCCGUCUUCCUGCUGCCCUGGGCGCCACUGUGGCUGCGCUCCCUCCUUAAGCCCGUCCACAUCUUCUUUGGAGCCUCCAUCCUCUCUCUGGCCAUCGCGUGUGUUAUUUCCGGCAUUAACGAGAAGCUUUUCUUCAGUUUGAAAAACGUCACCAGGCCGUACUCCAGCCUGCCCAGUGAGGCUGUCUUUGCCAACAGCACUGGCAUGCUGGUGGUGGCCUUUGGGCUGCUGGUGCUCUACAUCCUUCUGGCUUCGUCUUGGAAGCGCCCAGAGCCGGGGAUCCUGACUGACAGACAGCCCCUGUUGCAUAACAGGGAGUGAAGCAAGAAGGGGCUUAAGGAGCAGUCGGUGAUGCAGUUGUCCUCCCGUCAGAAGCUCUGCUCCCCCUGGGACUCCCGUCUGGUUUCAGCUGUAGACUUCCUUUGGGCUCUGGGCCCAAACUCCAUGUUGCCUCCUAUGUUGGGCUUGCUCUCUCCAGCUGUUUGCUGCCCAUCUGCUUUUCUUGGUGGCUUUGGCUUCUUGGCAUCAGUGUCUCAGUUCCCCCAUUUACACAAGAUCCUCCUUGUCCUGACUGCCUCACGCUGCUCCUGCUGUCUGUCUGAAGAUUUCACUUAAUAUCCAUGGGGAUGUGGUAGAAAAUCCUGCCAGAGCAGAUGAGCUGGGACUCAAGUGCAAUCCCUAACAUGAAAAUUGAGGGAGGUGAUGUGUCCUUCAGCUUUCCUCUUGAAGGCAUCCAUUUCAGUUAGGCCACCCUGCCACGGAGCAGGCUUCAUUUGCUGUCCCCAUCCAGCUCCCACCUGGAUGUGAGGUUGGGAGGAAAAGUCAUGAAGCUGAUUGAAGGAGAGAAGGAGAAAGGAGGCGGAAGCAGCUUCUGCAGAGAAGCUGAGGAACAGACUGUUCUUCGCUGUUCUGUUUUGUAUCACGAGGUGUAAUGUGACUUGUGGCUCCACGUCUUCCAGCUGCUGCUCCAGCCGUGGCCUGGAUCUCAGCCUUUGCCUGUGGCUUACGAGCCUGUCACCAUCAGGCAGCCCUACGAGCCCUGGUGACCUGUCCCAAGAACAGCGAGCCUGUCUCAAGAUGUCCCUAUAGGGAUGAGUAGCAGAGGUGGCCGUGGACUUCCUUUACGUAAUUCUCCUUGUGGAGCAGGGUUUUCCUGUCCCUCCCUGGGCAGGUUCAGCCCUGCUUCUCUUGGCCAGGCCCUCGCCCAGCUGAUUUUCACUUUCCAGCUCACCACGAAACUGUGUUGCCAAACUUGUGGCACAUUGUGCCCAGCAGAGCCUGUACUCCCACGGCAGGCUCACCCUCUUUCCAAGCAGGCAUUUGCUUGUUUACGAAGGAGACCGAUUUUCAUUAAACAGGUUUUAAAGAAUCAGA